ACCAACUAUAAUAUUUGAGGUUAGGGAUGAAAGGGAAUUCCGAUUGAUUUUCUUCUGGACAUUUUUCCGGGAAAACUCCAAGGAAACCUUGUGAAAAUGAAUGCAGACAAAGCAUUGAAGAUGCUGAGGGCUCUCCCAAGGGUAGUCCUUGGGAAUAUUCGCGAUAAUCCCAAUUCUAAGAAGAAGCAAAAAAGAGGACGUGCCCAGCAUGGUGGAGAUAAGCACGGAGCAGGAAAUAAGGGAUCAGGUCAGCGACAGAACUACAUGCGACUGGGGUAUGAAACAGGAAAUCAGCCCUUCUACACCCGCUUCACGUAUGAACCGUACUACCGUGGGCACCAUCUACGACGCCAAUACCCACCAGUCUCACUUCUAAUGAUCCAAAAGCUCAUUGAUACGAAUCGGAUUGAUCCCAGUCAACCAAUUGACCUGGCCACCCUCUGCACAACGGGGCUGUUUGAUAUUCGUCCAGAUUCCCGGCACUUUGGGGUCCAACUCACUGACGAGGGGGCUGAUAUCUUCAAGGCUAAGGUCAACAUCGAAGUCCAGCACGCUUCAGAGCUGGUAAUUGCUUCCAUUGAGAAGAACGGUGGAGUUAUCACAACAGCCUACUACGAUCCCUUCUCCCUUUGGGCUCUUGUGAAUCCCACCAGGUGGUUCCAGAAAGGUGCCCCAAUCCCUGAGCGUGCUAUUCCACCGCAGGAUGCUGCCAAGUACUACCUUGAUGCCAAAAAUCGUGGCUACAUCGCUGAUCCGGAGCAAAUAAGUCUCGAACGAUUGGCCCUGGCACAGAAGUAUGGAUACGAGCUGCCACGAAUUGAGGAAGAUCCCGAUGCGGAGAUGUUACUGAUGAGAAAGGACCCAAAGCAAGUUUUCUACGGUCUUCAUCCGGGAUGGGUUAUUAGUUUGAAGGAUCGUGCGAUAAUCAAAAAAUCAGUUUAGUUGGAAAGAAUUGUAAUAAAAAAGUCUUAUUAGAAUA